CCCUCCCUUCCCUCGUCAACCUUCAUUCACUUCUCCGUGAGAGUUUACUGCGUCCGUUCUCUCCCAAAUCCCACACCAUGGCGUACAUUCUGAAGCGGAGAGCGGUGUGGGCAUCCCUGUCCAGACAAACGGAUAUCCCCCGCUGCCUUGGCUCCUCCAGCAUCCAAGGGCAGCUGGCAGUGCCCCUCGAAAAAGAAAUGAGAAGUGCCAAACCGACUUCAGAAAUUCCAGGCCCUAAGGCUCGACCUGUGAUUGGCUCAUUGCUUAACAUGCCAAGGGGACUUAAAUUCGACAAGAAAGCUGCUCACAAACUCUACGUAACAAUGCACAACACCUAUGGCUCCAUCUACCGCAUGACUGUCCCCAUCGUUGGUAGCUUCACUAUAGUCACUGAUCCCGACGACUGCGAGAAGCUGUUACGUCUCACCAUGCACAACCCCCAACGCAUGCCUAUGGCUUCCAUUAAGUCGGUGAGGGAGAAAGCAGCCGACGGUUUCUUCAAGAACAGAACGGGGAUCUUGCUUGAGAACGGAGAGGAGUGGUGGCGAGUGAGGAGCAAAGUCCAGACCCCGAUGAUGAAACCGAAGUUAGUGGGUGCCUACCUCCAGCAGAUGGACCGGGUAUCAAGCGAGUUCACAGAUAGGAUCGCACAGCUUCAGGCGGAACACGGUGAAAUGCCGAGUGACUUCCAGUUCGAAUUAUACAAAUGGGCGCUGGAGUCCGUCAGUCUCGUGGCUCUGAAUCGCCGCAUGGGCUGCCUCAAUCCUGACGUUUCUCAAGACUCUAACGCUCUCCGGAUGAUUGAGGUCGUCAAUGACAUUUUCCAGUCACUGAAUGACAUGGAAAUGGGUUCGAUGCUUUGGAGGAUCAUGCCCACUGCUACGUACAGGAAACUGAAAAUGAGACAUGAACAAUUUUUGGAGAUUGCGACCCAGAACAUCCGGGAGACAGAGGCCGCUAUUUUGGCUGAAGAUCCUAACAGUGAACGCGAGUUAUCCCUGAUGGAAAACCUCCUAUUGACAGAAGGACUUACAAGGGAAGAUGUGAUCAUCCUCAUCCUAGAUAUGUUAACAGCAGGCAUCGACACGACCGCCCACACACUAGGGUUCGCGCUGUACCUAUUGGCACGGAACCCCCAAGUACAGGCGAAGUUGCAGGCGGAGAUAGACACAGUCCUUGGGGAUUAUGAAGGACCGCUCCUGCCCAAACACAUGGCACAAUUCUCAUACUUAAAGGCCGUACUGAGAGAAACCUUAAGGGUUUUCCCACCUGCUAUUGCUAUGGUACGGAUUCUGGACCAAGACGCUGUUCUGGGAGGAUAUAUCGUUCCAAAAGGGGAUAAAGUGAUAUACCCGAAUGUGGUCGCCGCCUGGGAUGAGAAGCAUUUCCCUCAAGCCAAAGAAUUCAUCCCAGAUAGAUGGUUACGUAGUCGGCCGCUGGGUCCCAUUCACCCUUAUGCCUCCCUGCCCUUCGCUGCCGGAGCGAGGAUGUGCAUCGGAAGGCGGAUCGCGGAGCAGGAGAUGUACACCUUCUUGGCGAGGGUCAUGCAGCGCUUUACAGUGGACUACAAAUACCAGGACAUAGAUAUGAUGACCCGCCUUAUCGCCAUGCCUUCGGAACCUCUGAGGUUUAAUUUUACUGAGCGCAGAUAAGACGGUUCUUGGGGGGGGGGGGGGGAAGCAGACGUCACUCACUACCAAAGUAUAACUAUCGAGGAAAAAAUAUGUCGGUCAAAU